CAGAGGCAGCAGCCUGCACUAAGACAAGCAAAGAGGCACAGGAUGGGAAGGUCACUGUACUGAGGCUUGCUCACACACAGGCAGGUCACAUCACGUCAUGCAAAACAUUUUCCAGGAGAUAAAGUCUGUAUUUCUACAAGGAGUACUCAGUUGGGGAGAGAGGAUUCUCUAUGAAAGAAUGUAUCUGGUGAGUAGGGGGCAGCAACACAGAGCGGCAGAGAGAGAAUUGAAGUAGAUAGUGGGGUUGCUGCACCAGGAAGAGGCUUGGAGUUGGGGAGCAUCUGACCAGUGGGAGCAGCCCUGGACCUGCAAGUGAGGAAGAAAAUCCAUGAGCAUGCAAGACAACAGUUUAGAAUCUUCCACUUCAAUAUCUCAACUUCUGAGAGAGAGUUAUUUAGCUGAAACCAGACAUCCAGGGAACAGUGAAAGAAGUAGAUCAGAAGCAUCUCCACAUACUUUCCAUUAUGGCAGUACUUCUGGGGCUUCAGAGGAAGUAGCUGGCCAAGAUGACCUUCCAGAUCUCUCUGCCUUUUUGAGCCAAGAAGAAUUAGAUGAAAGUGUAAAUCUGGCAAGACAAGCAAUUGAUCAAGAUCCACCUGAAAAACAGGAUGAGCAACAGACACAUGUACAUUAUAGCUCUGAUCAAGUGAAAAACUGCGGAAAAACAGUUUCAAACAAACAAGUGGCCCAGUCCACAGCUUUGCCAACUUCAGACAAUGGUCUCCAUUCAAACUUUUGCCUGGAUCAUGUCACAGAAACAAAAGGUUCCAAAGAGAGCACUCAGGAUCUAAAGAAACAACAGUUUGGUUCUGAAGCAGAAUCCAAAAAGGAAUUCCUAAACAAGGCAGCAGAUUUUAUUGAGGAGCUUUCUUCACUUUUCAAAGCACACAAUUCUAAAAGAAUAAGACCUAAAACAUGCAAAAACUACAGGAACAAACUUGAAUCUAAAAAUAAGGCUGCUCAAGAAGGUAGCCCUAGUUUCCCAAAGCUGUCAGAAAAGAGAGAACGACCUUCUAUUCCAGUACCUCAAGACUUGGAUAAUAAAGCAGAGCAUAUACUUGAAAAAACAAAUGUUCGACAGGAGGCAAACUUGGAAGGUAUAAAUCAAUUAGAAAGUACAGAAUUAACAACAGAGGCAGCACCCACAUCUUUAUAUUUUGAUGAGCCUAUCGGACAGCCACCACACUUUACACAAAAACUGAAAAGCAGAGAAGUUCCUGAAGGAACCAAAGUGCAGUUGGACUGCAUUGUGGUAGGAAUUCCAGCACCUGAAGUCAGGUGGUACUGUGAAGGAAAGGAGCUUGAAAACUCACCAGACAUUCACAUUAUCCAGUCAGGAGAUCUGCACUCAUUGAUUAUAGUUGAAGCUUUUGAAGAAGACACCGGACGUUAUUCUUGCUUUGCUUCAAACAUCUAUGGGACAGACUCAACUUCUGCAGAGAUAUACAUAGAAGGUGCCUCCUCUUCUGAAUCUGAGGGUGAAAUUAGCACAGAAGAAAUGGAUCAAGUCCAGAAAUCAACUGAUGUCUCUUUGAAUGCAUCAUCUCCUGCUACUAACACUACAAUCACUCAUCAAGAGACACCAAAGGUGCCAUCUACUGUGGGUCAGCCAGUUUAUCAGAGUCAAAGCCCCACUAAUUAUUUGCAAGGAUUGGAUGGAAGACCUUUAAUAGCCGCUCCUGUGUUUACAAAGAUGCUACAGGAUAUUUCAGCUUCUGAGGGUCAGCUGGUUGUCUUUGAGUGCAGGGUGAAAGGAGCUCCUUCUCCAAAGGUUGAAUGGUACAGAGAAGGGACAUUAAUACAAGAUUCUCCAGAUUUUAGAAUAUUGCAAAAAAAACCUCGAUCUAUGACUGAGCCAGAGGAGAUUUGCACUUUGGUAAUUGCUGAGGUGUUUUCAGAAGACUCUGGGGGUUUCACAUGUACUGCAAGCAAUAAAUAUGGCACUGUCUCUAGCAUCGCUUGUCUAACUGUUAAAGGGCCUGAGGACCAUAGCAACACUGCUGCCCUUCAUACAAUGAGCUCAAUCAACUUAAUUGCUGCUGAACAACAUCCUACCCCACUCAUCCCUUCACUUCCAGUGGUGGAUCAGCCCCCAAAACCUAAAUUAGAAGGGGUCCUUGUGAACCACAAUGAACCCAGGUCAAGUUCUAAGAUAGGCCUCCGGGUGCACUUUAAACUGCCUGAAGAUGAUAAAGGAAGUGAAACAUCAUCAGAAGAUGGAGGAAGAUCUGCAAACCAGGUUAGACCACACUACUUCCAGGAGAGGAUUAAUGGACACACAACGAAAAUACCAGAGCCAACCUCACCUACAAAAGAGCCCCCUCCAGUACUGGCUAAACCAAAACUAGAUCCCACCCAGUUGCAACAGCUCCACAACCAGGUCUUGCUUGAACAGCAGCAUCUACACCAGCCGUCACCCCCAUCUCCAAGAGAACUGCCAUUCAGCACAGGUAUAUUGAACUCCGCUACUUCAUUCAACCAGCAGUAUACAUCAACUAUAUACAAGGAAGCCAAAGUCUCUCCUUCACAGACAUUCAGCUAUACCCGACCGAAACAGUUCCUUGUGUCCCAGAACACCACACCACCUAUCAACUCCCCUUCCAGCUCCCCAGUGCCUACAUUCAGCAGCGUGCCUCAAGGAACCCAAAGAGCAAUGAACAAGGAAAAUUUCAUUGAAUCUCCUCCACCAAUCCAGACAAGGUCUCCGGGAGGGUUUACAAGCCAAAGUGAGCAGCCUCUAGCAAGUCCCAAAGAAUCAGUGUUGCCUCCACUAUUGCUUUCUAUAUCUAGCCUGAACCAAUUUCAGCCCCACAGCAUACUUCCUACUUCUGUCUCUCCAAUCAGCCGGAUUCAGAACCCAGUAGCCUUUCUGAGUUCUGUUCUUCCUUCACUUCCUUCUAUACCACCAACCAAUGCUAUGGGUCUGCCUAGAAGCGCACCAGCUGCAGCAACCCAUGGACUAAUGAAGAAAAAUCUAAAGCCCCUGCAAUUAGCAACGGAUGAUUAUAUUCAUGACAAUAAAGCUGCAGUUGUAAGGGACUUGCAGAGAAAAAUGCAUUUCAAAGAGGAUGUCCGUCGACAUAGUAGUCAGCAGAGAACAACAUAUGAUGAAAAAUUGGCCCACAGACUUCAGGGACCAAGCAAUGAUUCCCCAGUCUUCAACUAUACAACUCAAGAUGUCUCCAAGGAAUACAAGAUUUCAAGCUUUGAACAGAGGUUGAUGAAUGAAAUAGAGUUUCGCCUGGAACGUACCCCAGUGGAUGAAUCAGAUGAUGAAAUCCAGCAUGAUGAAAUACCUACAGGCAAGUGCAUAGCACCCAUCUUUGACAAGAGACUCAAGCAUUUUCGGGUCAUGGAAGGAUCUCCUGUUACAUUCACCUGCAAAAUUGUUGGAAUACCCAUACCAAAAGUAUAUUGGUUCAAGGAUGGCAAGCAGAUUUCAAAGAAAAAUGAACAUUGCAAAAUGAAGAGAGAGGGAGAUGGAACAUAUUCUCUACACAUUGAAGCUACUACUAAUGAUGAUGAUGGAAACUAUACAAUAAUGGCUGCAAAUCCUCAAGGGAGAAUCAGUUGUUCUGGCCACUUGAUGGUUCAGACUGUUUCCAUGCGUGGCCGAUUAACAACUACUCAGUCACAUAGAACAAGGUCCCGUGUGCAAGAAGGAGAUAAAGAACCACUACAAGAACGCUUUUUCCGGCCAUAUUUCCUGCAGGCACCUGGAGACAUGGUAGCUCAUGAGGGGCGACUUUGUAGACUGGACUGCAAGGUGAGUGGGUUACCAACUCCAGACCUGAUGUGGCUUCUGAAUGGCAAACCUGUAUUACCAGAUAGCACUCACAAGAUGUUGGUCAGAGAGACCGGUGUUCACUCUUUGCUUAUUGAUCCUCUCACACAAAAUGAUGCUGGAAUUUAUACUUGCAUUGCAACCAACAAAACAGGACAAAAUUCAUUUAGCCUGGAGCUCAGUGUUGUAGCAAAGGAAGUCAAAAAAGCCCCAGCAUUCCUGGAGAAGUUACAGAAUUGUGGCGUGCCUGAAGGGCACCCAGUCAGAUUAGAAGGCAGAGUGAUUGGAAUGCCACCACCAAUAUUCUACUGGAAGAAAGACAAUGAAACCAUCCCUGCAAACAGAGAAAGGAUGAGUAUGCAUCAAGACACAACAGGAUACGUAUGCCUUUUGAUUCAACCUGCCAAGAAAGUAGAUGCUGGUUGGUACACUCUGUCCGCGAAAAAUGAAGCUGGUAUUGUUUCAUGCACUGCUAGACUUGAUAUAUAUGCCCAAUGGCACCAACAGAUACCACUACCAAUAAAGUUUCGACCUAGUAGUGGCCGGUAUGCAAACCUCACUGGUCAAGGACUCGACAUUUUUUCUGCCUUUUCAGCUGUUGAAAGUCCAAAGUUGUUUUCAUCCCCAUCCCAGAGCGUGGUGGAAAGUGAAGAACUUUAAAAACCUACAGUUCCAAUUAUACCCACAGAAAUAUUAAACUAUAAUAAUAAUAAUAAAAAAAGAGCGAGAAGGUACAAACCAAGAGACUCAAGGUUUACAAGCAACUUGUUUUUAGUAAGUGUUCUGCUGCUGGAAUUGCUGCAAGUUACAUAUUGUACAAGAUGCUGCCUUGUAUUUUACUCCAGUAUGAUUGUGGUAUAGAAUGUAGCGCAAAAAGUUCAGUACUAAGUCUUUUUCUGAGAAUCUCAGAGUGAAGAGACAUAGUUUUAGCACUUAAAAAUCAACACCACUUUUUAAUGCUUCGGUUAAAGCUCCUGUAACAAACAAAGUUAAGAAUUUGUGGUGUUUAACUGGAUACUGCCAAUGAAAGGACUGACACUGUGAUAGAGAAUAAAGAAUGUGACUUUGAAUGUAAUCCUAAAAGGAUUUGCAUAAGAAAAAGAAAAGAAGUUGGAACAUAAUUUUUGUACGUGAUCAUAGUAGAUAAGACUAUAUAAACAUAGCAUUUCAUGGAGGUACAGCUAUAUACAGUAUAUAUUUAUAUUUGUGUGUGUGUGUACAAACCAUGCCGUGUGUACUUAUGGUGUUUUGAAACAUACAGUAAAAUAUAAGGCAUGUGCUUAGGACAUUAACACAUGAAACUAAACAUCCUAUAUUGUAUGAGGCACAUACUGUAGAGAUCACAGCUGAAACUACUGUAUAUUUCCAUGUAUGCUUCAUAUUUGUUCCUCCUCAGUUUCAGUGACUCCCUGAUUUUAAACACAGAGUACUGUUCUUAUAACUUUAUGAUUUUUAAAUUCAAGUCUCUUUCCACAUGAGUUUUUGACAUGCCUUGACAAAAAAAAAAGCACAUCAUAUGGCUCUUUUGCUAAACUGACUAAACUGUGGCCUGGUGCAAUUAAAACUUCUUUCGGGAUCAUUUAGAAAACGUAAUCACAGGUAGAGUUCCUACUAUUAAAACAGGGGAAAAUAUAUCUGUAACAUGCAUAGAAGGUUAUAAUAUUUAAGAAACACAGUGGUUAGUAUAAACAACUAAAGUAAGUUUUGUAUCCUGAUAAAUAGUUGGUAAACCAGGGAAUGCUAUAGGGGUCUAUAACAAAGGAUAUUUAAUAACAGCACUAAACAAACACUUUCAGUAUAUUUCUCUUUUACAUAAUUUUAUUGACAACCUUCUGACCCCAAUGGUUAGAGGUUAGGAAUGUAUAUUAUGAUUUCCUGCACAUGAUUUGGACUUUAUUUUCAGCAGUUCUAACUCACUACUUUAAACCUGAUCAGGGACAGCCAUGGGGUCCUAAUUAGAAUCAUACAGGGGCUUAAACAUCACAUUUACAGAUGCUGUAAUUUUAGGUCUUAUUUGGCUUGCUUUGCAAUUCAGUGCUUUUUCACAGUUUUAAAAAAAGGUACUAAAUUCAGAGAAAGAAAGAAAGGUUAAAGCAAGGAGAAACUACACUUUUUUUAAAAAAAAAUUACCAUUGAAAAUAAAAUGUGCCUACAUUAGAAGUGUACAUGCACUAAAUAUGAAAAUAUAAAGGCAUAAGAGUUAAUGGGGCACUGGGUAUAUUAAGACAUUGGGAAGGAGAUACACAGUGUUUCACUGUUAGUAACACAUAGGUUAGAUUUGAAAGCGACCUAUCUGAGAGCCAUCUAGGAUUCAGAUCAAGUGAAGAUGUGGUGAUGGUGUAUUUCCUAGUAAUGUUUCUAAAAAGAAAAUAAUUGGAUUUUAUAAUUUAAAUUAAUGCAGUUUAUGGAUUUCUUUUUUAAGAAAGGCCAAAUUCUGCGCCCAUCUACAACUCUGAAACCUCCCACUAUUUCAGCAGUGUAAAUAAAAAGCAGAUUUUGAUCUAACAAAAUUCUACAGCAAUUGUAGCACUUUAUAUACAUAGAAAUAAUCAAGCUAUAGUGCACUGUCAGAAACUUUACUGAAUAUCUUUAGGCUUGACAGAAUUUGAUUUUUUUUAUGAUUUCAAUGGAUAAUGUAUAGUUAAGCAUUUUAAAAAAUUGUAUUCAUUUAAAUUUCCACAGUUGCACAAAAUUAUGAGUUUUAAGCAUUUAUAUCAAUUUAAAUGUUCACAGUUGCAGAAAAUCGGGGCGAGGAGGCUCAGACGAUAAUUGCUUGAUGACAAUACGUUAAGAUUCAAAAAGUUAAAGCUUUUGAAAUACAAACUGUCAACAUGUACAAAGUAUCUCAAGCAGCAUUUUUUUUUUUUUUUUUUUUACUUUGCCUUAUGUAAACUUCAGUUAUCAAUGGAAAUUUUUUUUUGCCAGUCUGUGUAUGGUGAAAUCAAUAUUUAUUGAUAAAAAUCUAACCCUUUCAAGCCUAAAUAUAUAGACUAAGUUAUUAAAUAAUAUAAACUAAGAAAUUAAAUCUGCACAAACGUUUCAGGUUGAGAAGAAAUGAAUGAAUCCUCCUUUAUUAGGUAGUAGGUCCAAGAGCAAUCAUGUUACCUGCAUUCUAUGCAUAGUUUGAAAGACAGGGAAAGCAGUAUGUUCAACUUGUUAGUACAUAUAAAUAUCAUACCAUAAAGAUAUUUUAUUAUAGGUGCUAAUAUUGUACUUACUAGUAUUACUGACAGCAGUAGAUGUUCCCACAGCUUUACCAAUUCAGAGAAAGAUGUGAUUCCCACCCCAAAGAACUUACAAUGUAAAUUAAAACACAAAAAAACACAGACCAAACAGGUGGCCUGAAUCUCUUCUCCCUUAUGCCAGUUUUACACCAUUGUAAUUCCAUUUACUUCACUGUAAUCUUUCUUGAUUUACAUCACCACAAGUGAGAGGUGAUUCACACCCAUGACUAGGGUGACCAGACAGCAAGUGUGAAAAAUCAGGACACGGGGUGGGGGGUAAUAGGAGGCUAUAUAAGAAAAAGCCCCAAAAAUCGGGACUCUCUCUAUGAAAUCAUGACAUCUGGUCACCCUACCCAUGACAGGUAGGCUGAAGGUCAAGAGAUGCAAUAUUUUCCAAAACAUAGCCUCUGUUCUUUUGCAGUGGGGAAGAGAGGCAAGUAUUAUUAAAGACUUGCUGGAAGAAGUAUUGUAAAGGAGGCAGAUGAAUGAAGGGUUGAUCCUUGGUCAUUCAAGAACAGGUUCCUAAUACCUCCCAUUGUCAGAGGUUAGACCAGGGGUAGGCAACCUGUGGCAUGCGAGCUGAUUUUCAGUUGCACUCACACUGUCCGGGUCCUGGCCACCAGUCUGGGGGGCUCUGCAUUUUAAUUUAAUUUUAAAUGAAGCUUCUUAAACAUUUUAAAAACCUUAUUUACUUUACAUACAACAAUAGUUGGUUUAUAUAUUAUAGACAUAGACAGAGACCUUCUAAAAACGUUAAAAUGUAUUACUGGCACGUGAAACCUUAAAUCAGAGUGAAUAAAUGAAGACUCAGCACACCACUUCUAAAAAGUUGCCGACCCCUGGGUUAAACCAAACUAGGUCCCCAAAAUCUGGCAGUCGAAUACUGGCAGCUGACAACAUUGUCUUUCACUCUUAUUUACUAACUAAGGAUCAUGAUCUCAUUCACACCAACAUACACUGAACACUGAAGUCAAUGGAGAUACUUCAAUGUACAUGAAAUAAAUGAGAUCAGAAUCUGAUCCUAAACUUGCAGAAGUCUCUGUAGAUCAAAUUAUGUUGCCCAUAGUCCAACAAGUUUCCUAUUAAUUUAAAUGGGAAUUUUGCUACGUGAAAGACGACAAAAUUUUGUCCAGUAUAAGUAACUUGUAUCAAAAAAGAUGAGAGCUUUACCAAAUAGAUUAAUUCUUGUUAAGAAACAAGAAAUUAAUUUCCAGUAUUGUUAAUAACUACAGAAUCCUUCUGUUCCGCUUAUACUGAAUCCAAUAUGGGAAUAUAAAAAGGAAGUUCAGGUGCAUAGAUAUUAAUGCUAAUAGAUCUCACUCUGCUCAUCAUAAUGAAACCUUUGUAGAGAAAGGCAUAAGACAUCAUGUGUGUUGGUGACUAUUGAAAAAGAUGAGGAAAAACUAAGUAGAUUUAUGUAUGCAGCAGAGGGCAAUAGUGAAUUAUCACAUAACUUGUGUGAUGUCCAUUUGAGAAGUUAAUAUUAUGUUAAGAAUGGCUUUAUGUAAUGAUAUGAUGUCAAGAAGCAUUAGAGAUUCUGUGAUUGUGCUUUCUUCCUGAACAGCUUGCUCAGUGUUUCAUUGUUUUGUUUUAUUUUAUUUAAUGAACAAUAACUAAUUUGACCUUGCACAAAAAAGGCAUCCUGUUGUCUUAUUCAGUAGAGGCCAACACAAAAAAAUCCAUGCCAGAAUCCAUGAAGUCAGUAAGUUAUCAUCUAAAUGUCCAUCAUCUAAGUAGAAUUUUGCACCAAUUAAAUGUAGUGACUUGAAAAUUGUAUAUGUUAAAUAAUUUAAUAUUUCUAAAUUCAUACAUUUGUAGCUUUAUUUGCCUUCUGGUUCCUUUUCAGCCUUAUAGUUUCACACAUGUUAACACACAGGCUCAGGGUAUUUCAGAGGGUAGUUCAAGUGACGGUGUUUUUGUUCAGAAUUCUAGAAAGCACAAGUAUUGCAUCUUUGCUUUGAAAACAGUAAAUAUGUCAAACCUGUAGAUCCAAUUCCUAGCAGCCUUGCCCAGGCUAAGGAGAACUGGACUGGGCUUUCUUGUCUCUGAAAGCAAGGACUAAAAACAGUUUUUGAAUGCCUGGUGUGGGCAAGCGUGGAGGGCAAAAUAGGGCACAUACUUCGGAAAAUUUGAGCCAACAUGUGCAGUCUUUUCCUGACUGUAAAUAAUUGCUACUUGCAACUGUUAAUAGUAAUAGAAGUACUGCAAAAA